CAAAUUGAUGAAGGUGCGAAGCAGAGGAUAAGAGAGGAAUUGUGUGUAGAAGGGCGGUUGGUUUGGUGGUUGUGGCGGCGGCGUUGGUGGCGGCAGAAAACAGAGGAAGCUGGUGAAGUCGUAGUAGAAACAACAAGAAUUGGAGGCAAAGAGAGACGAAUCGCACAUAUCUAUGGCGUCGAUUUGCUUAUCGCUGUCUUCACUAUCACUAUCGACCUCCAAAUCUGUAUCAAUGCCCUCCUCUUUCGCAUCUUCGUCUUCCCCAUGUUGUGGAUGCUCUCUUGUGCUCAUGCCCUUGUUCACGCCUCCAAAAGCAGUGAAAUUUAUGAAUUAUACAAGAAUUCGUAGGGCUCAGAGGCAGAUUGUUCGUAUGGCCCCCGAUGAAGAAAAAUUGACUCGCCGUAAUCCCCUUGAUUUUCCCAUUGAGUGGGAAAGGCCUAAACCUGGACGUAGGCCUGAUAUAUUCCCUCAAUUUAGCCCAAUGAAAACGCCAUUGCCUCCCCCAUUGCCCUGUGAUCCUCCUGAAGAAGAUGAGGAAGAGGAAGAGAAGAAAGAGGAGGAAGAGGAAGAUCCUGAAAAGGAAGAGCCGGAUGAGCCAGAAAACCAGUAGCUUUCGAGGUUUUUACCCACAACUUUAUUGUAGGCCUUGCUUGCUGAUACCUAGUUACUUUGUAUCUACUGCGUAUGGAAACUAAAUUGGGGGAGAAAAUUUAAAACCAGAUAGUGUGUCACUGUCUGAAUCCCCGUUUAUCCAUGUAAUGAUGCAAAUAUGCAUGUAGCAAAAGUUUUGUGGUAAACCCCUUGCAGUUAUUUUGGAACCCUACUGGCUGAAAUGCUAUAUGUAGUCUUUGGAGUCAUUUUGUUUAGAUUUCUGAGUUGUGUAAUAUUGUCGUUAGUGAUCAAUUUUGAGAUAAGGGUUGGUUAUCUUAAUCCAGUUGGCUGUUGCUUACCAAUUUGUCAAACAUUUUCAAUUUA